AUGUCUGAACCGAGCUCUUCUACACCGCCCGUCUCCAAUCCCAAAGUCUCAGCCAUGAGCAAAGCCUUCUCUCAGGUCGACCUGGACGGCCACGACCUGCCCCCUUCGCCCGCCCCAUCGAGCCCACGUAAUGGACGACAGUAUUCGAUUGCCACCCAGCUGGUGUAUUCCGAAGGAAACGACCAGUACAACGCGAGUAGCGUGCCCAUAUAUCAAUCGGCAACAUUCAAGCAGACGUCGGCAACUGGCGGCGCUUCUGACUACGAUUAUACCCGCAGUGGCAACCCUACCAGAACGCACUUGGAGAAGCACCUGGCGAAAAUCAUGCGUGCAAAAAGAGCCUUGGUAGUGUCGUCCGGAAUGGGCGCCUUAGAUGUGAUCACAAGAUCUCUGAAACCCGGAGACGAAGUUGUGACGGGCGACGACUUGUACGGCGGCUCGCAUCGACUCUUGAAGUACCUGUCGACGCAUGGCGAGAUUAUUGUUCACCACGUUGAUACAACUACACCAGAAAAGGUCAAAGAGGUCCUUACCUCUAAGACGGCGCUUGUGCUGCUAGAAACACCUACAAAUCCAUUGAUCAAGGUCGUUGAUAUCGCCACGAUCGCAGCCAUGGCUCACGAAGCGAAUCCCAGCUGUGUAGUCAGCGUAGACAACACCAUGCUCUCACCUCUCCUGCUCAAUCCACUCGAACUCGGCGCCGACGUUGUGUACGAAUCCGGAACCAAGUAUCUCUCUGGGCACCAUGACCUCAUGGCCGGUGUCCUGGCGGUCAAGGAUGAAGCUCUGGCUGACAAGUACUACUUCGUUAUUAACUCCACAGGUUGCGGCCUUGCUCCAUUCGACUGCUGGCUGCUUAUGCGCGGCAUUAAGACCCUUAAAGUCCGCAUGGACGCGCAACAAGCGAAUGCUCAACGACUGGCCGAGUUCUUGGAGUCUGUAGGCUUCAAAGUCCGCUAUCCUGGACUCAAGUCUCAUCCGCAAUACGACCUCUUCAACACUAUGGCUCGUGGUGCUGGUGCGGUUCUUUCUUUCGAGACUGGUGAUAUCCAUCUGUCCGAGCGUAUUGUCGAGUCCGCGAAGUUGUUCGCUAUCAGUGUCAGUUUCGGUUGUGUCAAUUCGCUCAUUAGCAUGCCCUGCCGCAUGAGCCAUGCGUCAAUCGACGCUAAGACUCGGCAGGAGCGAGGCGUUCCUGAGGACCUGAUACGUCUGUGUGUCGGGAUUGAGGACGGCGAUGAUUUGUUGGACGAUCUGAGCUCAGCCUUGCAUGAUCCACUGGACGGCGAGGUUUUGGCGGCUCAUGCUGCGGCUAAGAAUGAGCCAUAG